UGAAUUACGUACGAUACGAUUUAAGAAAGGGAAGAUCUAUCUAUGAUGCGAUAUGGUGCAGUCGAAUACAGUUUUUGUUUGUGGCAGGAGAUGAACGGGUGAAGUGGCUGUAACGUAUGAAACGAUCAGAUGACCUCAGCCGCUCGAUUUCACCUACAAGUGCAAUUGCUGGAGCGCGUGGUCUCCACAAGUUCAGUUCCCCUCCCACCACCUAAUCUUCAGUAUCGCCUUCACUUCACGCGUCCAGACGAAACCUCCUCAGAAGAUCACUUUCCGAUGGCGUCCCUUCUCAGCGUUCCCUCCUCCGCGGCCUUCUCCCAGGGCCUCAGCGUCCCCAACAGGGCCAGACCGAGGCGUUCGGUGGUGGUCAGGGCUGAGGCGGCGGGAACCAUCAACACGGCGAUCAGGAAGGAGGAAGAUAAGGUUGUCGACUCCGUCGUGGUGACCGAGCUCUCUAAGCCCCUCACGGCUUAUUGCAGGUGCUGGAGAUCGGGGACAUUCCCACUGUGCGAUGGGGGCCAUGUGAAGCAUAAUAAAGCCACUGGUGACAAUGUUGGCCCUCUGCUCUUGAAGAAGAAGCAGUAGUAGUGUUAGUAGUAGUAGUAGUGAGAAAUUCUUUAGUCUUUUAAGGAUACAUACUCCGGGUUAUUAGCUCCUCGUUUCUGUUGGCUGAAGGAUUCAUUGCUGUUGCUCGCUGUGUUACUUGUGUGGAAUAUUGAGCUUGACAGUUUUUAAAACCGUGUUGAGUUAUGUAUCUUCCUUUGUAUUUCAAGUGGUGUUUGUUAUGGGUUCCUCUGA